AUGAAGUCACUUAGCCUUUCUCUACUCACAGUGACAGUCCUUCUUUGCUGUAACAUGACUCAGCCUGGACUCAGGAAGAAAGCGGAUAUAAUCAAAUCUGGGUUUUGCCCAGAGUAUCAUCUUUCCUGCCCUUUUGUCCUCUUGUCCAAGUGCAAGCAUGAUAGAGGCUGCAAGAGAGACAAAAAGUGUUGUUUCUACUACUGUCAGAUGCGCUGUGUGGAUCCAUGGGUGACUCUGGAUUAG